AUGACGCCGCCCGCAACCAAGCUGUCAAGCCGAGCUCACCAGUGGGAGCUCAAGACCCGCAACACAAGGCGCAGACAAUUGAUCUGGGAUCUGUCGACCGGAAACCGUAAAGGCCAUCCACGCGAAGAAAUGAUGGCUCCAUUCAGUCGAACUGCCCAGCUCUCAACCAUCACGAGGACAGGAAAUCUGGACACAAAUCCGUGUUAUAGGUGA